AUGACUUCCUCGACUACCACUACCUCAGCCACUACUCUUCCCAGUCCGAUUUCCUUUGCGCCUUCACAAUACUGGGAUGGGAACGAUGGAAGCUGGUCCUCGUUCAUGGUUCGCAUAGGAACCCCGCCUCAAGACUUUCGGGUCUUUCCUUCGACUUUCGGGCAAGAAACCCUCAUACCAGUCCCUGAAGGCUGUACACAAGAUGAUCCAGCCAACUGCGGUAGCCUACGAGGCGUCAUGCCCUUCCAAGGCGAUAUCAGUACCGGCUUCUUGAGCAACGCUUCAACGACCUGGGACGACAUUGGCAUUUAUACAACAGACUUGGAGACGAAUGUUGGCAUCAAUGCGAACGGAAUGUAUGGCUUUGACACUGUUGGUCUACAGGUUGAGAACUCGGGUGGCAUCCAACAGACACACCAAGUCGUUGCUGGCAUUGCCGACAAAAGUUUCAUGUACGGUGUGUUUAGCUUAGGACCAAGGCCGUCAAACUUCUCCGUCCUGUCUGAUCCACAACCAUCCUUCAUGACGUCUCUGAGGAAUAACGACACCAUACCAUCCAAGUCAUAUGCUUACACUGCAGGCGCUUCAUACCGAUACAGCAAAGUGCUCGGUAGUCUGACUCUAGGUGGCUACGAUGCAUCGCGUAUAGACGGAGAUGGUACUGUCUUUCCCUUUGCUUCAGACGACUCCAAGCCCCUUCAAGUAGGCGUCACGCAAAUCACCGCUCAAAACACACUCCUCGGCACCGCAACUCUGUAUUCUACAGGCUACUUUGCGCUGGUAGACAGCACGCUUCCGCACAUCUGGAUGCCAGCAGCCGCGUGCGAUAAUUUCGCAUCCAGUUUUGGCCUGGUAUAUGAUAAUCAGACAGAUCUAUACCUAAUCAACGACACCAUGCACACAAAGCUCCAACAACUGAAUCCCACAAUCAUCUUCAAACUAUCUCCAGAAACGACAGACGGAGGUGCAAGUACGAAUAUCCGCUUGCCGUAUGCAGCAUUCGAUCUGCAGGCUAGCUAUCCCUACUACACAAACAGCACUCGCUACUUCCCCAUCCGCAGAGCAGCAAACGACACACAAUACAUACUCGGCCGCACGUUCCUGCAAGAAGCAUACCUGAUAGCCGAUUACGAACGCAACAACUUCACAAUCACACAAGCUGCAUUUGCAAACCCUAUGCCCGCUGAAAACCUGGUUUCCAUCCUACCAACGGGUGUCAAUGCAACAGGAAACUCAACAACAGGUGGCAACGACACAGUCACCAGACCUUCAGCAAUUCUGUCUCGCAAUGUGAUCAUCGGCAUUGCAGUUGGUGUAGUAGCAGGAGCCGCUUUGGUCCUCUUCGCCUUCGCUACAGCCUUCUACAUACGCCGUCGUCGCCGUCAACGCGCUGCCCUCAGUCUCCUCAAUAACCCAGACUCCGACAACUCUACACCCACCACUCACCUCCAUCCGCCCGUUGAAGCAGAUGCAGCAGUGAAGCUCGAACUCCCCAGCGACUCAGAAGCAGCACUCAAUGAAAUGCCGACCGGAAACGAAAAGUAUGGGUGGCAAUCACACGAGGUGCAGGGAAGUAAAGUGCAGCCUAGAGUUGAGAUGAGAGGGGGUUGGGAGCCGCCGGAGUUGGAUGGAAGGAGUUUGAAGGAUGGAAGUAGAGGAGGUGUUUAUGAGUUGGAGGGAAGUGAGCCUGUGCAACAGGCACCGAGGGAGAAUAUAGUUGUUGGUCUAAUGCUUGACUUGUCUAUUCUUCGGGUGUAG